UAAUGGUCUUUGUGUGAAGGCGGGGAGCAUUAGGCUCGGUUAGAUCCUGAUUAGCAACAAACAGAAGGUUACGAGUUAGAAAAAUUAGACUAUUGUGCCUCCAGCCUGGCUUUGUCGCAGCAAGGGUAGGUGGAAUAAUGCAGGGCGCUUAAACGAAGCGUGUUUGGCGGCUUUUGGGGGAAUCGGGGGGGUUAUUGGCGAUAUUUCGAGCCGUUGCCUCGCUUUUAGGUCGUUCAAGUAGCGAUGCCUGGGUGAUAGCUGCGUCAUCAGUUGCUUCCGACUCGACUUGGCAAAAAGAAAUCACAAGUUAACGCCAGAGGCGAGGCUGCCUGCUUGCCGUCAUCCUGUCAGAGAGGGCCAUAAUUGACCCUUGAAAUACGUGGAAGACGAGCUGUAGGUGGAGGGUUGGCGGUGAAGCCUGUUUACGCAUUUCUAGUGCGGACUUUUACAUCACUUUAGUUGGCGCGAUACUCUGCUGUUCGUAUUUUUACCCACACUUGAACGGACGCUCGGAACUUAAUUUGUUCACGUUUAUUGUCCGGAUAAUGGCUCCAAAAUAUGGAUGAUUAUGUUUUAAGAAGGAAGUCGAACUGCUGACAUGGAUAACGAGUAGCGAUGCUCUCGUUGACAGCUAGUUAGCAAAAACUGUUAUUGUGAUCUCACUGUCACUUUAAGCGGACUUUGUUUCUGGUCAGCUGGUAAAGUUUGGCAGACUUGUCAAAGUCUUCAUAACAUAUUAAUAAAAGAGGGAAGAUGGCUGGUGACUGCACCCACAUCAAGCCUCGCUGCGCGGGCGCAAGCGGGUCCAAAGCCUGGCCGGAUAGACACGGGGAGGGACCCGGAGGGAUGGACUCUGACGGCGGGUACCCUACUGAGCGUGGGUGCUCCGCACGGUGGUCACCCAACUUUGAGAUGAUCGAUGGGCUGCUGUACCGUAAGAAGCUGGAAAAGGGCUACGUCAACUACCGGGAGGUUUUGAAGGAGGACCGGAGACUCGAGGCCAUCUCCACCUUCCACCGGCGGAGGCUCGGCCAGCGCCACCUCUCCCUGGAGGAGACCUAUAAAAGCGUGGCUGAAAACUACUGGUGGGAGGGAAUGUACUUUCAGAUCAGAGACUUUGUCCUCAGUUGUACCGAUUGUCAGAGUCAGAGCAGUAAAAAGUCAAAGGCGUUUGACGGGAGAAGACGCGUCACGAAGACGAUGCCAUCGCACGGCGCAGAUGUUCUCAGCAAGCUGAGGAGCCAGAGGGAGGCGGGGCUUUUCUGUGACAUCACUCUGCAAACGAACGGACAAUCGUUCUCGGCCCACAGAGCAGUUCUGGCAGCCGUCAGCGAUCACUUUCAGGAGCUCUUCAAUGAAAUGGAUUUGAGCAAGAAAGCAGACAUAGAUCUCACUGGUUUUAGCGAGGAUGGUCUUUUGUCCCUGCUGGAUUUCUCCUACUCCUCCACGCUUUGUGUCCGUCAGGAAGACUUACCGGAAGUCUGCGCUAUGGCUCGACACCUGGGAAUGUGGCCGGCAGUGGAAGCCUGCUCAGCUCUUCUUAAGGAGCAGGAACAGCAGUUCCAUCCUGGCAAGGCCUUCGCAUCAGCCUGUUCCGGUUCAUGCUGCGAACGUCAUCACCAGAGAAGAGGAGAGGUUUUGGAAUUGGACAGCAUGAAUGAAAGCUUUAGUUUAACACUCGAUACGUCGGAGGAGUCUUUACACGAAAGUCCCAGGCGAAAUUUGCGCCACAUGCCUAAAAAUCAAGACCAAAAUGGCCUCCCUUUAAGUCCCUCGCACAGGAUGAAACUCAUGGACUUCAAAUCUCCGUCCUCCAAAAAAGCAAGUACGCCCCGUCACGGCGUUGCCACUUCACAGAGUUACUCACCCAUGUCGCCGUCAAACACCCGUCUUCUCCGUUCUUCUCCCAAAGCUGCCAAGGAGGUUCAGCGAUGGCUGCCCGUGCCAGAGACCCCUCGACGAAACAAAAGGUCUCACUCUAUCGCCCAGCUCUCGUGCUCCCCCAGGUCGAGGCCAGGCAUUGCCUGCAGCCCAGUGAGAGUCAAACAGGAAGUGCAGGAGGUUGGGGAGGAUGAGGAGGAUUAUGAAAGAGCACAGGAGAAGUACAAGCUCAUGAAUGUCCUGGGCUUACAAAGGACUGCUCUGCUUCCUAGACCAGAGGACCUCAUUGGCUGGAGGCAAAAGAAACGCUUAAGGAAAUUAAAGGCCAACAAUUAUUCUCUGACCAAACGACGGAAACCCCGUUCAUCGUCCCCAGGACUAUCAUACAAAGAUAUGACCCUGUCACUUCCUCUUUGUAACCCCGUCAAUACCCGACUCCUCAGCAAGUGUGCCAACACCAAACCUCUGGGUUCAGCUGGCACAAAGCAGCAGAUCCCAGUCAAGAGGCGAAAAACUGCCCAACUCGUUCCGCCGACGGACCGCAGCAUGAGAAGUAAAGGGGUCUUGCCCGACCUGUUCCAGCACACGUCCAGGCCCGCCUUUGUGGGAAGAGAACUCAGACGCUCUGUGAGGAAGGGGGACGCUGCCCGCCGCCAUUCGCAGCAGUCUUUGAGGCGCAGCUCCAAAAAAAGUCUUGUGAGGAACACACCCAGGAUCAAAGCAGAACCUGUGGAACACUCUGUCUCAGAUGUCAGACUGUCAUCAAACUGUUGCUGUGACAACAAACCGUCAAUGUCCGUACCCUCACCGAGGACGCAGCUCAGAAACCGGGUCGCUGUAGACACCGUUAAAACUCUGCGUUACAACAGAAGCCGACCGGUCACCAAAGCCAAGCUCAGGAGGGGUUUCACAAACGAGGUGGACAAGACAAAGUGCAAGUCUAGAGAGGACGGAAGAAAAGGCCUGAAGAGGGUCCCCGGCACUGGACCAAAAGUGAAGAAGACCGAACCUAACGGGCUCCAGUUUUCAGAACGCGCUCCUCCGCCAUCAAUUUACAAUCACCCUCUGUACAGGGCCAUCAAAGAGGAGCCAGCCGAGCCCGUGCCGGUCGCACCUUUCCUUGAUCCUCCCUCACCAGACCUGGGCAAACGCCAGAGCAAGCCCCCCAUCAAACUCCUGGACUCUGGCUUUCUGUUCAACUUCUGUCGGCCAGCAGGGGGCGCUAUGGCCACUCUGAAGAAAGAAGAGGAGAGUGUCGAUAUCUGCUUAACACGAUCUGUGUCACAGGUCGAAGGGACAUUUGAGAGUGAAGAGUCCCCCCAUCGGACACUGAGGGCCAGAGGGCCACCUGUCCUCCCCGUGAAGAGAGAGAGGGCGGAGAGGAAUGUGACCCAAGGCGCGGCUCAGAGACCCAGGCUAAAGUCCCAAAGGCCCACAUUACACCUGGACAAAUGCGCUGCUUCAAAGACCACACAGACCUUGCCAAAGAGACAAAGCAAAGUCGUUGCGCUGAGCAGCAGGAGCUGCGUCCUGCUGGAUGCUGUACAACGAGCGCGUCUACGGCAGCUUCGGGGGCCUCGUAGUCAAGCACCCAAAGGUCCAAAGGCCACUCACUCCUGUCUGCAGUGCUCUGCCACCUACAAGGACUGUGAUGCCCUCACUAUGCAUCAGCUGAGGCACGUUGAUGGAAAGCACUGGCCCUGUCCGCUCUGUAGCAAGACGUUCUUCAGACUGAGGAAUGUAAGGAAUCACAUCCGCACCCACGACCCCAAGUUGUACAAAUGCCGGAGCUGCAUAGCUGCCGCCUCCUGAGGCAGCUGGAGGCGCCUGCUCCGUUACAGACACCGAGGAUGAAGGCUGUGCGUGUGUCACCAGCAGCUACCAGGCCGAAGCAACUAGGAGCUUGUACAUAGGCAUCUCAUCACGUCCGAAGCACAACGGUCUGUGGAAAGGCAUCAACGUGUUUAGAUCCCGAUUACAAUGAUUGCCAAUAUUAUUUAAAUAACCAAACCAAGGUUCCUGUUUUCUUCCCAGUUGUGGCAGAAGGUUAAACUUGAAUGUUCCACUCAGGGGGAGGGGGGUGUCUGACGCCACAGUUGUUUUUAAAAAAAAACAAACAUGUAAAUUGAUUUCUAAAAUGGUUACUUAUCGUUACUUUUAUUUUUCUAUGUAUAGAUGAACGUCGAGUGCACUUAUACUCCUAGAUUAAGUUUGAAACCUAAGAAAUGACAGAAGUUGAAGGUUUUGGAGGCGAGAAUGCUUUAAAUCAUUGGAAGUGCUUGGGGUGGGGGUAUACUUGAAGUUAGGAAGGUGGAGGUCCGUAAGAAAGAACCGGUCCUUUUGAGUGUCCCUGUGCGUCUUGAUUUCCCUUCAUGUGCUAACUUUUAAAUGACUUGAUGAUUAGUCCUUCCUUAAUGUUGAUCUGCUCUCACCCAUGGGGGGGCGGGGCAUGUUGACACCACUGCAGGUGUUUUUGCAGGUCGCUUGUUGUCCACUGUCUUUUCUAAGGCUGCGGGGUUAAAAAGCAAAGAAAAAAAACAAAACAAAAAAAAAAAAGAAGUGAAAAGUGUCUUGUUUUUAAUGUGAAUUUCUAAAUAUUCGAGACAACUUUAUUAUAACAAAUCUUUUAUCAAUCUCCUCUCCCUCUUUAAUGCAGGACGAGAUCAUCUCUUAAUUAAAAUUCUACUGAGUAAAUGCAAUGUGCACAUACAGAUGUUUAUGUAUUACAAAUUGAGUUUAGAAAUUAAUGGGCUGUCCUUGCUGUUAAAAUAUUGAAUAAAUUUUUGCCUUUUA